AUGUGCUACUACAGCAACUGCUAUGGUAGCCUGAGCUAUGGCUGUGGCUAUGGUUAUGGCUACGGCUAUGGUGGCUAUGGUGGCUAUGGUGGCUAUGGUGGCUAUGGUGGCUAUGGUGGCUAUGGUAGCUAUGGUUACAGCUGCUACCGCCCACUGUGCUGUGAAAGAUACUGGCCGUAUGGCUUCUACUGA